CUUUCUCUUUCUUUCUUUCUGUUUCUUUCUUUCUUUCUUUAGGCCAAGCUUUUGUCUGAAUUAGACUGUGUUUUUAGACUCAUUUGUUUCACCACAAUUUUUGUAACGUUGUUUACCAUCCUUGUGCGCCUCUAGUUUGAGAGGCAAUGCGAUUUUGAAGGCGGAACACAUUUAGUUCCACUCGGCAGAGUGCACGAACACUGGCGCACCAAUAGCAUCCCUAUGUCAGUCAAUAGUCUGCAAAGUGACGCGACCAGAAGGGGAGGGUGCUUUCUCACAAGCCUAUCUCAGUUUUGAGCUUUCUCAAGCUGCAGGGAGCCGAAUGGCGCACUAAUUUAAGAGUGAACGUUUAGACAUCUCCUUUAUGAUUUCGUGGAAUUUACUAAUUUCCUGAAAACUUUUUGCGGGACGAGACGACUUGUGCACGGUGUAGGAAAGGGAGGAUCUUCCCUUGCAGCUCGUGACAGCACAACACCGGGAUACAAACUUUGCGCUUUGUGCAGAAAACGUCUAGAUUGACUCGGCCACUAACUAACAGGUCCCGAGUCACUAGGACGGCGCUUCCUUGCUGGUAACAGUGGGAAUAUUUAAAGAUGUUGGACGGUAUAAAAAUCGAAGAUCAUCCGCUGCGGUCGGGACAGGCUACACUUGGAGUUAUGCUGGGGACGGAGUGCCAUCAUCAGGCGGUGUGUGAAGGGUGCCAGCGGCCGAUAUCCGACCGCUUUCUGAUGCGCGUCAACGAGUCUUCAUGGCAUGAGGAGUGUUUGCAAUGCGCCGUGUGUCAACAACCGCUCACCACCAGCUGCUACUUCCGGGAGAGGAAACUUUACUGCAAACACGACUACCAACAGUUAUUUGUGACCAAAUGCAGCGGGUGCCUGGAGAAAAUUGCCCCCACGGAGUUUGUGAUGCGGGCGCUCAAGUGCGUGUACCACCUCAACUGUUUCUGCUGCUGUGUGUGUGACCGACAGCUUAGGAAAGGGGAUGAAUUUGUACUGAAGGACGGACAGCUGCUGUGCAAGAAUGACUAUGAAAGGGAGAAAGACCUGCUCGGCUCUGUCAGCCCCGAUGACUCGGAUUCAGAGAAAAGUGAAGAUGAGGAGUUGGAUAUCAAGAAGGAGAAGGGCUCAGGAGGCACUGGGAAGGGAGAUGAUGGGAAAGACCCAAGAAGACCCAAGCGACCACGUACCAUCCUUACCACACAACAGAGACGUGCGUUUAAAGCAUCCUUCGAGGUUUCUUCCAAACCUUGCCGGAAGGUAAGAGAGACGCUGGCUGCAGAGACGGGCUUGAGUGUUCGCGUCGUUCAAGUGUGGUUCCAGAACCAAAGAGCUAAGAUAAAAAAGUUGGCGCGGAGACAGCAGCAGCAACAGGAGCAGCAGAACUCCCAAAGGCUGGGCCAAGAGGUGAUGUCCAAUCGGAUGGAGGGAAUGAUGAACUCCUACACACCAUUGGCUCCAGCCCAGCAACAGAUGGUUGCUAUGGAGAAUGGUUACAGCACCGAUCCCUUCCAGCAGGGCCUCACCCCUCCUCAAAUGCCCGGUGACCACAUGAACCCAUAUGGAAAUGACUCGAUAUUCCACGACAUUGACAGUGACACUUCAUUGACCAGCCUUAGUGACUGCUUCAUGGCCUCAUCCGAGGCGGGCUCAAUGCAAGCGAGAGUCGGGAAUCCCAUCGACCGACUCUAUUCCAUGCAGAGCUCCUACUUUGCUUCAUGAAAACCUAAACAGACAGGGAAAGGCAAAAGUGGGUCACUUCGCUGCAGCUCACAAGUCAAACGCCGCCUAUCAAGGAAAUACAACAGAAUCGUCAACAAAGACGAAACAUCUUAGAUAGACAAACAGGCAAAACAGAAAAGACAAGUGAACUUGAAGACUUGCAUUCUUAUUUCUCUGCAGUGAAGCACCAGCUCUGGAUGCCCAGGCGCCUGAGGCUGAGAUUUUUUCUAGUUGCUUGUAGAUUGUUUGUACAUGACUUUCUCAGAAGUAGCAUUUCAUCUUAUCCUCAAAAAGAGUAUUGAUGUACAGUCUGACGUCACUGAAGCAUCAAGCCUCGACUUAUGAUUUCCUGCCGGGAGAGGUGGAAGAUCAAGUCACAAAGCUCAAAAUGCAUGAAUCCAUAUCUUUGUGAUUGUUACAUAAAAAAAAUGAAAAACAUUUUGGAAAAAAAAAAAAAAUCUUGUGUUGUUCAGAUGUUAAAAAUGUGAUGUUCGGACUCAUAAUUUCCUCUUUUUCAUUAUGUUCAGCAUUGCAUUUUUAUCACUUUGAUAGGUUAGCCCUCUGAAAGACGACGUAGAAAAGCAUAGAGGGGGAGAUAUGUAUAGUGUAUCUGCAUUUGUAUGUUAGUGCGUGCGUGUGAGCGUGUGUGUAUGUGUGUGUUCCGGCUUACCUGUGUGGUUGUAUGAGUGUGUGUCUGUGCGAUGGUAAGGUACUGUCAUUGAAAGUUUGAACCAUGUGUAUAUAUACUUUUCCCAAACAAAUCAGUUGUGCAUGUUAAAAAUGGAGAUCAUUCUAUUUAUUUAACUAAAACAUGCUUUUGAAGGUACUUAAGAAACUGAAAAGCUUUAUUUAAUAAGGAGAAAAUCAUGUUUAAGUAGCUGAGGCAUUAAUUUCACACCACACUUGUAUGUCUUUUAAUUAGAAAAAUGUAUCUUUAUUCCAGCAAUGUACAUCUGCAAAAAUGUGCUAUUUAUUUGUUUCAGCCCUGACAUUGCCGAAAAAUGCAUUUCCAAAUGCGAAGAUUGCUAAUUUGCCAAAGUCUGUUGGUACAAUGAAUA